AUGGCGACAGAGGCAGCAACUUCUUUCAGCGGCCGAAAAGUUGGAGCACCAGCUCCAUUUGUCAGCGGAUUCAUGCAAAGUAAAAUCAAGCUCAUCACGAUUCCAAAGGAAAGUGCCAGUCGCCUACUUGUCACCCCAACCGAGUUCACCUGGCCGGGAGGUUCUACCUCUUGUUGCAUGCUCCGAGUGUUUCGAAGAGCAAUACAGGCCAGCACCCAAGACAGAAAACCGCAACUGGUGAUCGAUACCGAAAAGCAAGUGAGAAUGACAGUGACUGAGGUUGUGACUGUGGCCAAGGCGAAAAGACAGAAGACACUGGAAAUGCCCACGGAGGCGUAA